AUGAAUGUAUGCGUUAAAUGUUACAGACAUUAACUCCGAGGGAAGAUUCAACUCGAAAGUCCUUGCAUGGAACCAGAAGCAUUCUGGAUUCACUGAACUCGCCGGACGAGAUGUUGCGUACAAUCAACCACUACAUAUCCCCAGAGCUCACAUUGAAAGGGGUAAUUCGUUUGGAAUACACAACGACGGCUCUGAUAGUGGUAGAACUAGAGCAAACAGAGCCCGUUAUGAUAAUGGAAUCUUCAAAAGCAACCAUGGCGUUACUGGAGGUAGAUCUAACAGAGCCCGUAAUGACAAUGGGAUUCACAAUGAUGGUUUUGAGAGUUAAAAGAGCCAGUGCUAAUGAUGUGAUCAACAAAGGCUUUGAUCAUUCUUGGGAUAGAUCUUACAGACCUUCGUAUGAUGACAAGAUGGAUGAAGAGGAAUAUUUCAACUUUUAAGAAAUAGAAUCCAAUUUUUACUGUAAAGAUAAUCAUAUGGAUGUGUUUUAUUCUAUUUUAAUUUUGAUAAAAUAAAUUAAGAUAAAAAGUGUCUCCAAAAAAAAUUAAAAAGGAAAACACUACCAAAUUGUUUCUAUUAUGAUAAUUAUCUUAUAGUCUUUUGUAUAUAUUUAAAUAUCUUGUAUUUUUCUCUUAUACUAGACAAUGAGUAUUUUCAGGAAGAUAACUCUUGACGGAUUGUAUAGCAAAUUAUAGUGCGUGUUAAAGAUCAUGUAUGUUGCAAACUUAAUAGAAAUUUUAUAUAUGUAUAUAAUUAUGCUUCUAAAACAAUUUUCAUAUCGAAGAAUAUGUUAAAUAUGUACUGUCCAUAUUAUAUGUAAUCAUCAAAAUAUAUGCAUUCAUUUCUUUUUUUAAAAAAUUGACUUGGACGUUAUAGAAAAUAAAUUUCUAAUUAUCUCCCUUGAUUAACAUGAAAUGUAAAUUUGGAAAUAUCUUUACAAACAAUGCUUUUUUGAACUUACAAUAUUGAAAAAUCUUCAUUUUAGCAUUAUAUUAAGGAUAUAAAACCAUAAAAAAUUGAGUUACAAGAUCUUCAAACAUUUUAUUAAUUUUUUACUUCAAGUAAAAUUUCUUUUGAUUUCGAUGUAUCUUACUAUAAAAGUGAUAUUUAACAUUUGUUUUUCUAACGGAAUUGUGUGAAUUUCCAAUGUAAGCAUAUGGUUUAAACAACAUUAUUUUACAUUUCUACAACAUAGCUAUUAUAGUUUUCUCCCUAAUACUUUCAAGCAUUUUUAUCGUGUGAUUGUUGUAUGUUUAAUGAUAAUGAUUGACUCCUAAAUUUGUUAUUAAUUCAGAUCACAAGCUUUGUAGCAAAGACAAAAAGAAAAAUCUUUGUAUUUAUAGUGUAAGACAUUUUUCUUUCUAGUUUUGAUUAUGCAUGUAAAUAUAUAGACUCUGAUAAAAUUUGAAGAUUAAUCUUCAACCAAAUAUUUCAAGAAUAAUAAGACAAACUAAAUUAUGAUUUAUUCUUUCAUUCAACGAUUUUCCGGAAAAGGCAACUGCUCCCACUGUAUGAUUUGAUUUAGGCCAGAAAUAAUUGGUAAACUUCUUAUAAGUAGAUUUAUAAGUAUCAUAGCGAAAAAAGAAAUUUAUUAAAUCUAUCGCUUUACAUGCUAAAUGUUUGCAUACUUGAACAACAGUAUAAAUGUUGUUGUGUUAAUUUCAGUGACGUUGUUAACAUUUGUAUGCAAAUAACUUUGAUGUUGGUAAAAAUGCUCAACAAGAAAAACAAACUAUGAAAUAACAUAAACAUCAUACUAUUGUGAUAAAAUAUCUGUUAAGAU